AUGUUUUUUUUUUUUAUAUUUCGUCCUCUCGGAUCGUUUAAAACUUGUAUGGUCGUAAUUCUCUUUCGUUUUUCUAUUCUUUCUUUCUUUCGUUUUUUCUUUCUUUCCAUCUUUCUUUCUUUCUCUCUUUCGUUUUCUUUCUUUCUUUCGUUUUCUUUCUUUCUUUCUUUCUUUCUUUCUUUCUUUCUUUCUUUCUUUCGUUUUUUCUUUCUUUCCAUCUUUCUUUCUUUCUCUCUUUCGUUUUCUUUUCUUUCUUUCUUUCUUUCUUUCGUUUUUUCUUUCUUUCGUUUUCUUUCUUUUUUCAUUUUUUUUCUUUCGUUUUUUCUUUUUCUUUUUUUUUUUUUUUUUUUCUUUCGUUUUUUUUUCUUUCUUUCUUUCUUUCUUUCUUUCGUUUUUCUUUCUUUCUUUCUUUCUUUCUUUCUUUUCUUUCUUUCUUUCUUUCGUUUUCUUUUUCGUUUUCUUUCUUUCUUUCUUUCUUUCUUUCUUUCUUUCUUUCUUUCUUUCUUUAAUCUGCUAACUUACUUCUUCUGCAACUUUAAUAUUUCUCGUUCUUUUUCUCCGUCAAUUCUUUCUUUCCGUGUUCUUUCUUCUAUUAUUUCAGUCAUUUUUUUCUUUUUCUUUCUCUUUUCUUUUUCUUUCUCUUUUCUUUCUUCCUUUUUCAUUUUUUCUUUCUCUCUCUCUUUUCUUUCUUUCUUUCUUUGUUUUUUCUUUCGCAGUUUUCAGUACAUAGAUUUCUCUAAUCUGCUCACUUCUUUUACAACUUUAAUAUUUCUCUUUCUUUCUUUCUUUCUUUCUUUCUUUCUUUCUUUCUUUCUUUCUUUCUUUCACCAUUUCCCGAUCUAUUCAACCUUUAUGAUUUCCUCCCUUUUCUUUCUUUUCCUUUAUUUUUCCUUCCUCUUUUUUUAUUCUUCCCUUCUCUUCCACAUUUUAAAAAUAUUCAUAAUCAAAGGCAUCUCCUUGACGCGCAUGCGUAAUAGAAACAUCAACACUUGCGCUGAUUUUUUGGGUAGUUUCUUUUAUCUAACCCAACCCAUUUUUCUUAAUGUUUUUUCUUUCUUUCUUUCUCAUCUGUACACGUCGCCACCUCUCGCCCAUUCUUGGCCGUAUCAUCACCACACAUCUGAGAUCUCGCUCGUCACGAAGACUGACCAUCUUUCAACAAACGCGUCGUUUGAGCAAUCUAUCUACCGGCUUUCAGUCGAGCAGCCGACUGCCUGGUCUUUCGGACAUGCGCUACCCAACCUCGACCCAACCAUAAUUCCCUUUCAACACCACCACCUAUUAUCAACAUUUUUCUUACAUUUUUUUUUUUAUUUAUGA